AUGUCCGUCUCAAUUGAAACAGCCGUCCCAACCGCCCCUGUGGUUCCGCUGCCUGUUCUUAUGGGCCAGCAAAACAGAAUGCCCGAGUUCAGCUUGGCCGGCAAGGUCGUCCUUGUCUCUGGUGCUGGCCGUGGCCUUGGUCUGACCCAAUCAGAAGCCCUCUUGGAGGCUGGUGCAAAGGUGUAUGCACUUGACCGUCUAGAGGAACCGGCACCCGAGUUUGCACAGAUCCAGCAGCGGGCCAAGGACUUAGGCACACAGCUUCAGUACCGCCGUAUCGAUGUGCGCGACACAGAGCUACUCAACAGCGUGAUCGAGAACAUUGCCAACGAUGAAGGCCGCUUGGACGGUCUUGUAGCAGCAGCUGGUAUCCAGCAGGAAACCCCAGCGCUGGAAUAUUCGGCCAAGGACAGCAAUACUAUGUUUGAAGUCAAUGUUACUGGAGUGUUCAUGACUGCUCAGGCCGUAGCUAAGCAUAUGAUUCGCUUUGGAAAUGGUGGUAGUAUCGCUAUGAUCGCUAGUAUGAGCGGAACCGUCGCCAAUCGGGGUCUUAUCUGCCCAGCUUACAAUGCCAGUAAGGCUGCUGUCAUCCAGCUAAGCCGUAAUCUGGCCGCUGAAUGGGGCCAGUAUAACAUUCGAGUGAAUACCAUCUCCCCGGGCUACAUCGUCACCGCCAUGGUGGAGAAUCUCUUCGUUCAAUUCCCCGAGCGCCGUGAUCAGUGGCCCAAGGAGAACAUGCUCGGUCGUCUGUCGCGUCCUGAGGAAUACCGUGGUGCUGCUGUCUUCUUGCUGAGUGAUGCUAGUAGCUUCAUGACUGGUAGCGAUCUCCGCAUGGAUGGUGGUCAUGCCGCAUGGUAA